AUGAAAUGCCCCCCAUUCCCAUGCAACAGCAACUAUUACUAUGAUACCCUUUCUAAUGUAGUCCCAUCUGAGGAUGAACAAUUUGAACAGCUGAUCAAUAUAAGAAGCGGGCAAAAAAAUGUUCACUAUAAGUUAGAGAAAACGAUCAACCAAAUAAUACACGACACGAAAAAAAACUGUGACGUCAACUCAGAUUUUGAACAGGUCGAGAAACUUCCAAACCGAAGUUGGGAAUCCGCCUAUUCGGAUGACUGCCUAGACGACAUAGAUAUCAUUUUGAAAAAAAAAAAAACUAAAAAUAUGUUCUCAAAGGUAAAUAAAAAUGACGCCUCUUGCCACGUGACACUACCCUCUAGAAACACCAAACAGAGAAUUUAUUCAUUACGUGAAUAUAGCCAAGAGGAAAAAGACGUAGGCGCCACAAUUAAUGGAAAGAAGGACAACCCAGAAGCUGAACUCCCAAAUGAGGAAAUAAUUGAAAACUUUAAAAAUAUUCUUUGUAACGGUUUAAAUAAAUACAUUAAGGAUAUCUUGGAAGAGGCAAAACAAGGUUCCCCCAGUGAAGCGACAUACGAAACUAAGGACUAUGCAAAUUUGAACAGCUCCUACUACAAAACAUCUGAUAAUAGGGAUGACGUUUUUAAUGAGGAAAGUGCCAACCGGUGUGAAGCUCCCCGUGAAUGUAAUCCCAACAUGAGGGAAGAAAAUUCACUAAAAUAUUCCAGUUCGGAACUGUUGAAUGGAAAAAAUGAAAAUACACAUGAAAGGAAAACACAGGACACUGGACAAACUAUUCAGGUUAACACACGCGGGAGUCAGAAACCGUCGAGAAACCCCUAUCCUGAUACGCGGAACAAAAAUGAAUAUUCUACCCCAACUGCAGUUGCAAAGAAAAACACCAACCUGCGGAAAAAAAACUACAGACAUAAAUGGGCAAAUAUGAACAGAUCCAAAUAUACGAAAAAUAAUUAUCCCUCGAAAAGAAAAAAAUGGACCAAUGAAAAUGCCCUCUCCUUAAAUGAAAAGAAAACGGUUCGCUGGAAGGAUACGACCGAAAUGUACGAUAAGCGAAUGAACCAUCCCAGGGGAUACCUAGAACGACACUCCAUCAAAUCCACAGAACGGAUUAGCAACACAAAUGGUAAUGCCUACACACCCAAACCGCCCCCACUGAAGCAGCAGCACAGAUACAGUGCAUCGAGAAUGAACUGUACGUCCUGCUCAAGUGAAGAUUUUAUCUUCAGUCAUUUUCAAAAAAAUGCCAACAACGACAAUUUAGUAGGAAAGUUCCGUUUUUAA